AUGUUGCCAACGCCUGACUCCCAUCUGGUCCUUAUCCUUCGCCCUCUUCCCCAAGUUGACUGGGAUCACAAUCUGGAUGCAUCACCUCUGUGCUUAACGGGUUUCAUAUUGCAGUGCUGCACAAACCUGUCAAUGCUGGUGGCAAUAAUGCACCGCAUGGCAGUGAAUAUCCAGUAUAGCUUGGGAGCUGUUGCAGGCAAUGAGUUUUGCACCUUGAGGAAGAAGAAUCAGGCCUUUAGGAGCAAUGAUGCAUUGUGGCAGUUCCUCACCAGUAGUUCUUUUUGUUUCCGCUUGCGGUCAGCAAAGUAA